AGAAUAUAUUUCAUAAACGAGUUCCUAUUAUAUUUACGCAACAAUAAACGAAAUUUUGGCAACACUGCUGUGCGUAAAACAGGCGAUCUGAUUAAAAAGCAUUAAUUUCAGUUCAGCAGAAUUAAUUUACUUAACUUGCUCUUAAAAAUGAUUUAAGUAUUCAGUAAAAGAAUGCCGGACUUGAAAAAUAAAAUAAGUAUGACGCUAAAAGAUCAACCACAACAAAAAUUGGAAAUAAUGCAGGCAAACUACUCAAAUUCUAAAAGCAUUCUCCAACAGCUGAGUCCAUUUGUUUAUUGGGCCCAAACGGAAAAACAAAUUACUUUAAAAAUUGAACUAAAGGACGCUAAAGGCCUACAUAUAGAGUUUACGUCUAACGCUUUGAAUUUCAAAGCUAAAGGAUAUGGAGCAAGAGGCUUGAACGAGUAUCAAUUUUACAUAGAAUUCUAUGCUUUAAUUAAUAGUGAGGAAAGCUAUUUCCGGGUUAUCGACAGUAAAAUUGAAUGUAUUAUCAAAAAAAGUGAAAAAAGUUGGUGGCCUCGACUAGUAGCUACUCCUCAAAAACCUCAUUGGCUAAAAAUCGAUUUUGAUAGAUGGCAUAUCGAAGAUGAUAGGUUGGAUGAAAAGCCACGUGACAUUCGUCAAGAUUACUACAGAGAAUAUGAACGUUUGCAAAAGGAAGAAAUUGGCUAUAUAAAAGAAAGUACAAAAACUGUUUAUAUGGUAUUCUACAAUUUCGCGCAGUUUAUUGGUUAUCUAUAUAUAUUGUGCGUAAUAUGUAUUCUAUAUUAUCGUGAUGGUCCUGACGUCAUAUCUAAAACUUAUGAAUACGUUGGAAAUGCCAUGAAAUUUGUGCAAUUACUACAAUUCUUAGAAGUUCUCCACCCAAUAUUUGGCUAUACUAAGGGAAGUCCACUUAUACCCCUGGCGCAAGUAAUGGGACGAAACUUUGUACUUUUCCUCAUGAUUGAAUGGGAAGAACGUAUGCAAACAAAACCAGUAGUAUUUUACCUCUUUAUCAUCUGGUCUCUAGUGGAAGUAAUUCGUUAUCCAUACUAUCUUACGGCAAUUGCCAAGAUGCCGCUAGCUUUCUUGACUUGGAUGCGAUACACUAUUUGGAUCCCACUGUAUCCAAUGGGCAUUCUUUGCGAAGGCAUUAUCAUACUGCGGAACAUACCAUAUUUUGAAGAAACAAAGCGGUUUUCUGUAGAAAUGCCUAAUCAAUUUAAUUUCGCAUUUGAUAUGCCCACGUUUCUAAAGAUAUAUUUACUUGGUUUCUUAUUGCCCGGAUCUUACAUGUUAGUGACUCAUAUGGCCAAAAGCAGAGCUAUGAAAUUAGGAAAGAAACGUUUUAUUCGCGCAGCUAACGAUUAGAACGAAUUUAAUUUUUACUUUGAAAGUUCAGAAAAAAUUGACCUUUUUUUAAAUUACAUUUAAGGCGAAAAAUUAAACGAAAAUUUUCUCAGUAAAUCCAGUAUACGUUGAAUUUGAAUGCCUAAGUACAUGUCCAAAGUAAUCGAUUAGAUUAAAAGCAUGCAACUUGGAAUGAAAUGUCAAUUUAUAAAUUUUAAGUAUUUUAAUACAUUACUGGGUGCUUAGUUUUACAAGGUCCCGACACGGCUAAUAUUAACUAUAAAAAGGUUUAAAUAU